AUGAAACGAAGCUUUAGCGAUGUGGACAGUGAUGGAGACGAUGUCUUUGACGACGAUUCUCUGAAAGCAGGAUCCCCAUCCUCUCAGAGCUGCCAAGUCACAGACAGAAAGAAGCGUCGAGGGAUUAUUGAAAAGAGGAGACGAGACAGAAUAAAUUCAAGUCUCACAGAACUUCGACGUCUCGUUCCUUCAGCUUUUGAAAAACAGGGAUCAGCAAAGUUGGAAAAGGCAGAAAUUUUGCAAAUGGCAGUGGAUCAUUUGAAGAUGUUGCAUCAGAAAGGUAUUAACUCGUACAACUUCGACCCACACACCCUUGCCACAGACUACAGAACAGUUGGGUACAGAGAAUGUGCUGCCGAGGUUGCCAGGUACCUUGUUGCUGUUGAAGGAUUGGACAUCCAAGAUCCUUUGAGGAUGCGUCUACUUAGUCAUCUCCAGUGUUAUUCAGCUCAACGUGAAGCCGCUAAAGCAGCUAUGCCCAAUUCCAGUUGGCCACCAAUGGCAUACGGAGGGUACAACUCUCAAUACGGGAGUUCCACCAUACCAUCCAUGGGAGGAGUACUCAACACACAGCAUACCCAUCAACAAGACCAUGUUUCCAUGACGUCUCAAGCUCAAUCAGUGGUUCAAUCGACGCCAUCUUUCACCGACACCAGACUUAACCAAUCAGAUUCUUCCUUACAUUCACAUAUGCGCCUUCAGUCUUCCGGAAGUGUUGGAUCCCACGUGUCUUCCAUGAACAGUUCCUCCCAGGUGUCUCAAAUCUCCCCUCCUCUCCUCUCAUCCUUCCCUCAGCUACAUUCCCAGUUUUCAGUGCCUUUAACCGCCAAUUCUAUGUCCCAGAACAUGGCUCCUAUAUACAAUCCUUCCACCACGACAGCCGGCAACCAUAAUGGCGUCAAACCUUAUCGACCAUGGGGUGCUGAAUUUGCGUACUGA